GCUUGGAUUGAGAGAGAGACUCUGCAGGAUGUUCAUUUGAUUUAUUUUAAAAUUCAAACCCAUCUUUUUCUCGUGAACAGACAUGUGGGACACCAGUUCUCAGUUUACAGCCCAGACUUCAGCAUGGCGUGGUUCAUCAUCUGCAUCUGGAUCAGGGUUCCUGUCAAAAAUCAGAGCUAGAAAGAAUGAUCCAGGUCCCCGGAGGUGGCACUCAAUGUAUAAUCUAGCACCUAAGACAUCCACAAGAUGGUCUUCUUCAUCAGGAUCUGAAUUUAGAGUGAGUGGGGGUGAAAGCAGCUUUUAUCCAACAGAAGCAGAACGAUGGCUCCAGGAUACUCACGAUAGACUGGAAUCUCAGCUGGACUGGCUGAGGACCAGAGACAUGAACCUAAGCUACAACACAACUAUGGCGAAUAUGUUUGACACAAAACAAAAGCUGUCAGAAACAAUCAGCAGAAUUGGUCGGGAUGCAUCAGAGUUUUCCCAGUUUGACACGAGCCGAGAGCAAAGAGAGCUCCAUGAAAAAGUCCUAAAGCUGGAGAAAGACCUGCUGCAGAUGAUGUCUGCUUUGGAUAAAGGAGGUGAUGAUCAGCUGAUUGGGUUCUUGGCUCCCAUCUCACUCAGCAACUUGAGUCCAAAAAACCAAGAAGUCUUUGAAAAACAGAAGAAGGAAAACAAUGAAUCAGAGCUGAACAAGUUGAGAGAGGCUCUGAAAGAAGCUGAGGCGAGGGCCAAAACCCACGAAGAAGAGAGAAACAAAGCUCUCAGUGAUCUUCGGAGAGCUGAAGAGGUAGCAAAACCAGCCUGA